AUGGAUGGUUUUCAUGAGCUUGUUGUUAAUACUUUGAAUAGUGUUGAAUUCCUUGAUGUUAACAGUAUGGUGGCUUUUAAAAAGAAACUUCAGUUUCUCAAGUCGGCAAUUCGAAAAUGGAAUCUUGAUAAUAGGUUGUUGUUCAAGACGGAAAAAGCUAAUCUUAGUUUUGUUAUUGCAGCUAUGGAUGCUCUGGUUGAUAGUGGGGUUGCUUCGAAAGACGAUUUGAUUCUUAGACAGCAUUCAGUAAAAAAGUUAACUGAUAUUCUUAAUGAUGAAUCUAAAGACUUAUCUCAAAAAGCUAAGAUUAAUUGGUCUGUGGAAGGAGAUGAAAAUUCUAAGUUUUUCCAUGGUAUUCUUAAGAAAAAGCGAAGACAAAUGGCAAUCAAAGGAAUUAUGAAAGAUGGGAAUUGGCUUGAAGACCCUAAUUUAAUAAAAUCAGAAUUUUUUGAACAUUUUAGUCAUCGUUUCUCUCCUAUAGUAUCUUCUCGGAUGUGUGAUCGUGCUCCAGGGCCCGAUGGUUUUUCUUUCGUUUUCUUUAAGGCAUUCUGGUCGAUUAUUGAGAAAGAUGUUGUUCGUUUUGUUGAAGAUUUCUUUAUAACAAGUCAUUUUCCAAAAGGGUGUAACUCUUCUUUUAUUGCUUUGAUCCCUAAAAUUACUUCCCGAAAGUUUGUUUCUGGUUUUAGACCUAUUAGUCCGAUAGGUUGUCAAUAUAAAAUUAUCGGCAAGCUUUUAGCUAAUCGAUUAAGCUUGGUUAUUGGCAGUUGUAUUAGUCCUGAGCAAUCUGCUUUUAUUAAAGGCAGAAAUAUUUUGGAUGGUCCUGUGAUUCCUAAUGAAAUUAUGGAGUGGUAUCGAAAACGAAAAUCAAAGUUGCUUGUGUUUAAAGUGGAUUUUGAAAAAGCCUUUGAUUCGUUAAGAUGGGAUUUUUUAGAUCUUAUGAUGGAAGAAAUGGGUUUUGGUUCUAAAUGGAGAAGAUGGAUUGAAGGUUGCCUUAUGAAUGCUCGUCCUUCCAUUUUGGUUGAUGGUUCUCCCACGGCCGAAUUUGAUAUUUGCAGAGGUCUUCGUAAAGGUUAUCCUUUAUCCCCUUUUCUAUUUAUUAUUGCAAUGGAAGGCUUACAUGCAGUAAUUCGAAAGGCGAUGUUUAUUGAUCUCUUCAAAGGUGCUCCGAUUAGUGGUAUUUCUCAUCUUAUGUACGCAGAUGAUGUGAUUUUUUUGGGGGAAUGGAAGGCUCGCACCCUUUCUAUUAGAGGCCGAAUGGUGCUGCUUGAAGUUGUCCUUGGGAAUCUCCCUACUUAUUAUAUGUCCAUUUACAGGAUGUCGGUAGAUGUAGAAACAAGAUUGGAAUCUAUUCGCAAUAGUUUUUUUGUGGGUGGUGACUUGGAAGAUAUGAAGAUGACUUGGAUUGCUUGGAAAAAGUGUUUGGAUAGUAAAGAACUCGAGGGUUUAGGCAUUGAUAGGGGUAUUGAUAAAGCUUGCAUUAAUAGUUCUUUGAUGUCUCCAUGGAAGAUGACGAUCAAUGCAGUCAUAUCCCUUUCAAAAAAAGGUUUAGAUCUUUUAUCCUUGUGUGUUCGAAACAUUGGGAAAGGGAAUUCUACUUUAUUUUGGGAGGACGUUUGGUGUGGUGAUAUCCCUUUAAAAACUCAGUUCCCUAGGGUUUUUGCGCUUGAUUUGGAGAAAAAUUGUACAGUGACUUACAGAUUAAAGUUGUGUGAUUGGUUUUCAAUUUUUAGACGCCAUCCUAGAGGAGGUGAGGAGUUGGUUCAAUUUACUGCCUUAAAGUCUUUUGUUGGCCUCGUGGUUCUUGGUGAGAAUCAAGACUAUUGGUUGUGGUCUCCUAAUGCUUUUGUGGGUUACACAAUUGCUUCUGCUAGGACUACGAUUGAUUCCCAAUUUUUAGAGAUCUCUUCUCAAUCUACUAGAUGGAAUCGCUUCCUGCCUUCCAAAGUUAAUAUUUUGUUUUGGAGACUGCGCUUGAAUAAAGUUAAUACCAUAGUGAAUUUAGAUAGACAUGGAAUUGACAUUGGUUCUGUGUUUUGUCCUAUUUGUGGCAAUGAUGUUGAUACCGUCAAUCAUCUUUUAUUUACUUGUGGUCAGGCAAUGGAUUUAUGGAGUCUUGUUUCUAGAUGGUGGGAGGUGGAUAUGCCUUUAUUUUCCUCUAUCUCGGUAUGGCUUUCUUGGUUAGAUUCAACUCGUUUGUCUAUCCAGAUCAAGAGAUGUCUAGAUGCGGUAGUUAACACCAUGUUUUGGGCGUUAUGGUCUUUUCAAAAUAGUUUUCUAUUUGCGAAAGACAAACCUCGUAAGACGGUCAUUUGGGAUUCGAUUCAAUCUCAAUCUUUUUUUGGAUUGAUUCUAGAUGUUCUAAGUUUAGAAUUAACAGGGUUGAUGGGUGAAAACUGA